AUGCACAUGAAGCUUGCGGAGCAGCGCAAAGUGGCCCAGCGCCUCGCAUUGGUUGGGACUCUGAUUGCGCCAAUUUGCUAUCCGUCCCUCCCGAAGUUGGCGAUGCAGUUGCACAACAUUCAACAUUGGGGUCUUUUGAACCAAUUCUCAAGCCCUCCUGCUAAAUUGGGCCAUACAUUCCGUCUCAUCGCUACAAUUAAGUGGAAAUCAACAACCAUGUUCAACGUUUAUGCUUUGGAGGCCCCAGGGGAGGGCAAGUUUCUCAUCCCCAGGCUCAACUCGAAAAAGUCCAGGUUUGGCUGUAAAAGAUGCAGAGAUCGCCGGGUCAAGGCAAGUCGCUGGCACUCCCAGUCCAGAGACUCUAAUCAUAGCGCAACAAAGCCCAAAUGCCAGCACUGCAAACGGCACGGCGCAACUUGCAUCUACAACCGGGAGCCCGGGAAACAGCCUUCGGCCUCUAUCCCCUCCCUUACCAACAAACGUAGUGGUCUGGUGAAGCAAGUUGAUGAUGCCACCGAAAGCCGGGAGCGCCGCUUGCUGGAGGUUGGGCUCAUGCGCAAUUACGUGACCAAGACUGGUCCCUCUAUCUGCCCCGACGACCCAACUCAGCCGAUUUUCGCGGCAGCAAUAUUGGAGCUAUCCCUGCAGUGUGAUGCGCUGCUAUACACCGUGUAUUCCAUCACGGCCCUCCACCAAGCCUGGAGUAGCCGUAGCCAGGACGACUCUUCCACUGAUCUCGACGUGCACCGACGAUACCUGUCCCUGGCUCUACGCGAACAUCAAUCGCUGCUACGCAACAUCACCAGUGAAAACAUAGACGCCAUUUGCUUGACGUCUGCCUUUCUCCGAUUCUGUGCGUAUGCCAUGCUCCAAGUACGCAAGCUGCAGCCGUAUACGCCACCCACGCAAUGGUUAAUGAUGGUGAGCACUACGCGUGCAUUGUACGAGGAAGCCUGGGGUGUCGCAAAAGACAAGCCAAAUAGUAUAGCCUACUUGCACCUAAGCAGCUAUUCCAUCACGCGCGACAACAACAACCUCUGGGAGCAGUGCAAAUUCAGCGACUUGGCGUUUGCGCAUGUAAUGACUCGACUAGCACAAGAUGUUGAACUAGAGCCAUGGGAUGCGGAGACGAAGGAUGCAUACGAGGAGGCGCUUCGUUUCCUUGGCAGUGUGAAGAGUGUGGUGGAUGACGGCGCGGCCAAGUUUCUAGUUCUCAGACACCUUCUCCGCUUCCCGUUGGUCAUCCCGACGCGACUAUUGGACUUGGUUCUCGACUGCCAGCCUAGAUCCUUGGUCGUUCUGGCGCAUUAUUUUGCUCUGCUUGUGCCAUUCGCGCAAAAUUGGUAUAUAGGGUCGGGGCCGAAGCAGGAGGUCCUCGCCAUUGCCGACAAGAUGUCAUCGAGUCCUCGUUGGAGGCGCCUACUGGACUGGCCGCUUCAGAUGGUCAAUGCUUGA